UCUUGUCGUUUGACAGAGAGUGGUAUAUAUAUAGAGAGAGAUGGUGUGGGAUUGAAUGAUAUAACGCCGGUGAGGCGUUAUUUGAGCUUAUUAGUCUGAUUGAAGUUUGAAUGUUAUCAAUCAAGCGCUGAUAAUGAAUGUCUUGCGUCAAGUGUUAUUGGUGUUGGUGGCUGUUCUUGAGGCCGCCGCAGCGCUCACAGCAGAAGAAAUAGCAGCGGAAGCCAAGAAUAAUAAAAACAUAAUGGCGUUAGAAGAAAUAGUGACCUUACUCGCCAAACAGGCCCUGGUCCAACAGUUCAUCAUGGAGGAAAAAAUUCGCUCAGAAGCUGGGUCGGGCUUGAAGCAGGUCAAAGUGGACACGGAAGGUUUGGAUUCCUACUACAUCAACCACCACACCGGCCGCUACAUGAACGCCAUGCACGACCACUCCAACAACAUGCUGACCAUAGGUCAAGGUGAAGGUCAGUUCAAUUAUUACGGUGUUGAGUUCCGGACACGUCACAACGAUUACGUCAUGAGGCAGCCAGCGGCGGACAGGACGUAUAACAAAUUGGUUGACGUAGUGCUGCCCCCUGUUCCACCCGAAGUUCUCGCCAAGCGAACGGUCCAGGAACAGGUGGACGAAAUGAGGGAAUGGUUCAGAGCGUGGAAGAACCAGAACCCCUACCCGCGAGACUACAGGCCCUACUUCGUGCCACUCCUCUGUUACAUGGAGGGGGCGUGGACCAGAAGCAGUGUCAACGUCGAUGAGCCGUUUUUCAGCGAUAGACACGCCAUAGACGCCUCGACCUGGUUUGACCUACAGGAGAAGAUACGGUUUACAGGCUACACCGGGAUGUCGAGUCCUGGGGAGAACUACGCCUUCCUGCCCACCGCCAUCAUGAACAUCACCCAGGCUGGAGUGCCGGAGUACGCACAGUGGAACUACAGGGUCCUUUGUCAUAGGCUCUCUGUUGAUGUGCCCACCUCGUACUUUGUUCUACAGGAUGAUGUGGCCACCAGAUUGUCUAAACGUUACAACAUGGAAAGGCUCGCGACCACACGAGCCGCGAGAUACAAAAUAGUCAACCCAGAUGAUGAAAAAUUUUCCUACUGGUCUGAAUUAGAUUCCUACAUGGCGGAAGUUCCAGGCAAAGAUAACUAUGGAGCCCAAAUCUACGACACUUUCUUUGACGCGCCCCUCUACUCCGCAAAGCCCGAAUCCACGGCCCAGCUGAACGUGGCAUACUACCACCACAGCUACAAAAUGGACCCCAACGAAAAGCCUCUCAUCCGUGGGUUCUCCGACCCUAAUAUCUACAUGGCGGAAAACACGCAAGAAAAGGUGUUCCCCGUCUCGGCAACAAUAUGCAAGGAGGACCUCUGCAAAACGUAUGAGAAACGGAUGAGCUACGCGCUGCCCACGGAGAUAAUUUACCUGACCCCCCUGUCAAACUGGAACCCCUACAACCUGGUCUACCACACUGGGGCCUCCGCCUCCAUUGUCACUAGAAACAGACGAGGCGGGGGUGUGACCCAAGCGGAGGCCUACAACGGGACGAACUACAGCACCUACUACCGCACUCCAAUUGAGUUUUUCGCCGGCGGGGAGGUCGGAAAAGACCCAGCCGACACCACAGUAGCCUACGUUGGGGUCCUAGACCCCGAGGGUAACGUGCGAAACGUCUCCUCCUCCGGGUUCAGAAUUCAACUCCCCCCCAUCGAAGGUCUCGGGAUCCUGCGAACUCGCUACUCACUCAUGCCUGUUCACAUGGAAAGCUCGACAGUCUGGAAGGAAACCAACGCCCUUAAGAAAGUCAUCAUGAACAUGUACGGCAAGGAAAAGUUUUUGAUCGAGAAGUUAUAUAAGCCUACAGCAUGAAACUUCGACUUUAAAACUAUCUGACGCUUAUAAUCUGCAAAACACCUUGUACUGUACCAAAAUAUAAAGUAUUUAUAUUAAAGGCCUACAUUUAUUUACAUUUGUUAAACAGAGCUAUUGUUGCUGGAAACAUUUAAAACAUAGCUAUCUCUCUCUCUCUCUCUCUCUCUCUCUCUCUCUCUCUCUCUCUCUCUCUCUCUCUCUCUCUCUCUUUCUAUGGUCUAUUAAAUAGAAGUUGUUUAAAUUCACCAUUGUUAGGUGAGACUUUUCAAAUAGUUUGACAAUCGCAUUUUAUCAUUAAACUAUUUUU